CUGCUUCUCAUCAGAGAGCAAUGCUUCCUAGAAUGAGCUAGCUACAGAACAUCAGUGACAUAAAUCGCCAAAACGGGAACUCCAGGCUACGUUCUGUAAGGAAACAAUUCUGUCAGAAAUUGUGCGUAGCGUGUGUUGGAAAAAAAGUGAAAAACGUUCACAUCAUGCAUUACUGCCGGUCAGCUGUCGUGGGAUUACAAUACAUUUUUCUAGUGCACAAUGCCAUGGCUUCAUCAUCCUGGUGGGGCUGGUGGACAUAUGAGGGGAUAUCAGGGCCAGAUUAUUGGGGUUUAGCUUACCGAGAGUGGUACAUUUGCAGCAAGGGAAAGCACCAAUCGCCUAUAAACAUCGAGCCGAAGACGUUAUUGUUUGAUCCUAACCUCAAACACAUCCACAUAGAUAAGCACAGGGUCCACGGUUAUUUGACCAAUACUGGCCACGACGUGACGUUCUACGUUGACCAGAGCUCCAGCCCUAAAAUUAUCAACAUCACCGGCGGCCCGUUCUCCUACACAUACAGGGUGACAGAAAUCCACUUACACUUCGGCAGCAUAGACAACUGGGGAUCCGAACAUUCCGUCGAUGGCUAUAAAUACCCGGCAGAAAUCCAGAUUCUUGGCUAUAACAGCGACUUAUACAGCAACAUGAGCGAAGCAGAGACGUCUCCUGCUGGAUUAGCCAUCGUGUCACUGCUAGCUAAAGUGGACCGAACUGGCAACAAAGAGUUCGAGAAGUUGUUAAAGGACAUCCGAGGCAUAACGUACAAAGGAGACAAAGUAAAAGUUAGUCAUCUGUCUAUUCAUGAACUUUUACCGCCAACCCAGAGUUUCAUGACGUACGACGGAUCGCUCACGUGGCCUGGCUGUUACGAAACGGUCACGUGGGUAAUCAUGAACAAGCCCAUGUAUAUGACACGUGAUCAGAUAAGUAGUCUACGAGAUGUCAAGAGCAACCUGAAGGAAAAGGCAAAGGUCCCCAUGGUGGACAACGUGCGCCCCACAGUCUCCCAGAACCACAGAGUAGUUAGAACCAAUAUCAAUUUCGCUCAACCGGGGAAAGGUUGCAACAUGGAACGAAAUCUUAAAUUUAAAGCAAACAUAGUGGACAACAAACCUUGAUCAUCUGAGAUCACAAUCGUUCAAGGAACAGAUGGCAGUAGACCGUGCGACAUAGAGCAUCACCAGUGAAUGGGCAGAUAUUGACCUCUGUUUCUUGGACCAGGCGCGGAGUUCCUGAAAAAUAUAACCUUUAUUGCAGAUGAAUGAGAGACUCCAAUAAUGGCGAAUAAGGUCACAGGAGAAAGAGGCUACUACAGUGAUUGUGGCCACGGUACAGCGUGUGUUGGAGACAGCUGAGACGAGCAGCACUCACCACGGUGCAUGCGCUUUUCGAGGAAGUAACCUUUGUGAAGUACGA